GAAUGCGUGAGGCAAAACAAAAAGAGAUGGGCACAGAAGGAAAAGAAUGAGAUCAUGUUGGAGAGUGAUGAAAAAAGAUUGGUGGGGAUUAGAAUGCACUUACACUUAUAUGCGCACUAAGAAGAAAGCACACAAAGGCACAAUUUGAAUCAAAACAAAAUCCCCUGACUCUGUGGGCCCAUUUCCACCAUAGCCAAGAACCAGCACCCACCUCAACACUCACCACAUCAUUGCCAUCAAGAAUUUUCUUGCACUCUUUCUUGCUUUCAUCAACAAUUGCACCCACAACACAAUUCUUACCAACAACAUUUCUCAUUUUCCAGAAAAAUCCAUCACUUAAAACAGAGUGUUUCUUUGUUUUUUCCUCUCUUAAUUUGGGUCUAAAUCUUCUUUCUAAAAGACUAACAUAACUUUUCUUUGGUAAUGGGAGGUUGGUGAGUAAGUGGGUCUUGGUCUGUUUCUGGAUUUAGUGUGAUGGGGAAUUGCUGGUGUGGGUGGGAACCCUCUGUUUACAGAGUCUCAUCCAAUGCAAAGUCAGGCUUUGUCAUGAAAGUUGAAUAGAAUGAAUUUUACACCUGGAGGAUGUGUAUAAUGCUCUCUCAUCUUGCAGAACAAAGCCCAUCAGUGAGAGAGAGGAAGGAGGAUAGUAAGUUACCAUCAAAUCCAGAAGAAGUGGAAGACCUACGCCGUGAUUCAGCAACAAAUCCAUUGAUUGCAUUCACCUUCAAUGAACUAAAGAUAAUCACAGGAAACUUUAGGCAUGACCGAGUGUUAGGAGGAGGAGGAUUUGGAAGUGUUUAUAAAGGGUUUAUUUCUGAGGAUUUAAGAGAAGGGCUUCCUCCCAUUCCUGUAGCUGUCAAGGUCCAUGAUGGUGACAAUAGUCAUCAAGGCCACAGAGAAUGGCUGGCAGAAGUCAUAUUUUUGGGGCAGCUUUCUCAUCCAAAUUUGGUAAAAUUGAUCGGAUAUUGCUGUGAAGACCAACAACGGGUACUAAUAUAUGAAUAUAUGGCUCGGGGAAGUGUGGAAAACAAUCUUUUUUCAAGAGUGUUGCUUCCUUUGCCAUGGUCCAUUAGAAUGAAAAUUGCAUUUGGUGCUGCAAAAGGACUUGCCUUUCUCCACGAAGCUGAGAAACCUGUCAUCUAUCGUGAUUUUAAGACAUCUAAUAUUCUGUUAGACUUGGACUACAAUGCAAAGCUCUCUGACUUUGGCCUUGCAAAAGAUGGACCAGUGGGAGACAAGUCUCAUGUUUCUACUCGCAUAAUGGGAACAUAUGGAUAUGCUGCACCUGAGUAUAUUAUGACGGGCCAUCUAACUCCUAGAAGUGAUGUUUAUAGUUACGGUGUUGUUCUUCUUGAACUUCUGACUGGAAGAAAGUCUUUAGACAAGUCACGACCAGCACGAGAGCAGAACCUAACGGAUUGGGCUCUACCAUUGCUUAAAGAGAAGAAAAAAUUGCUCAAUAUCAUUGAUCCAAGACUAGAAGGAGAUUAUCCUAUCAAAGGAGUUAACAAGGCUGCCAUGCUAGCUUAUCAUUGCUUAAACCGGAAUCCAAAGGCAAGGCCUCUAAUGAGAGAUAUAGUGGACUCCUUGGAGCCUCUACAGGUUUCUACUGAGGUUUCAACUGAAAAAACUAUGCCUACUGUAAUUAUUGAGGUUCCAAAUGCUGAGUUAAAUAGAAAAGAAGAUGCAUAGAGUAACUAAAUUGAUCCUGGUUUUUCUCAUUUAAGCUUCUCCAGCUUAAAGGGAGAGUUUUUGUAUUAGGUAGCUUCUUUUUAAUGUGGGUUUGGAAGGAAAGUUUUAUGCUUGGUUAUUUUUUUCCUUUGGCUAUAACAUGUUGGUUGCAGUUACUUGCAAUUGGAUUAUUUUAACAGUAAGUAAAUAUUAAUCUAAACAGAUAUAUGCUUUGUAUUA